AUGGCACUAUCGAAUUACCAUGGUCAGCCUGGCGCAUACUUACCGAGACCAUUCUCUUUACAGGCGAUAUUAGACGAGAGUUCUUCCAAUAACACUUCACCUUCGAUAGACUUGCAGUGGGAACCCUUCCAGAGACAUGUCGAAGCUUUCCUGACAGCUAUCGAUGAUUAUACGAUAGCCGCGAAAACUGAGAUAGCAGCUCGAGCAAGCGAUCAUGUGAACCAGAUGAGGGACUUGAAAGCUGAGAGGGAAGAGGUGGAGAGGAGGAUAAAGCUUGAACGAGAGAGGGAAGGCGAGAUGUUGGCGACUCUCGAAUCCGAACGGCACACAUUGACAGACCUCACUUCUUCAUUAAACCACUUGGAAUCAUCUUUGCAGAAAGUGAAAGAUCAAUCAUCAUCUUUAGAAUCCGAAUUGAAUGUGAUACGGAAAGAAGUGACUACUGAACGUACGGAGAAAGAUCGUCAGAAAUCUAGAUUGAACGAAAUGCGAAAGAGGGAUGAGCGGGAGUUGAUAGAGCUGGAAGAAAAUGUUGGAUUCACUGUUAAUGGGAUAAGACCCGACCUGUUGAUGAUGAGAUUCACUUUACUCGACCACAGAGAUCCAACGAGAGAAUUCUCUUUCCUCAUCGAUAUAUCCAAACAGGACUAUACUGUACCAAAUUGCGAUCCCCCAAUACCAAAUCUAUCAGAACUUGUCCGACAGUUGAAUCACGAUAGGGACAUCUAUACGUUCAUCAAGAGGGUGAGGAAAUCAUUCCGAGCUUUGAUACCAAAUCCAACCUCAUCAACCAAAUUUGACGAGCUAUCUGGACCUGGAUUGGGAUUAAGGACACCGGCCAUGCCAGGUAAUCAUAGGGUAUUAUCACAUUCGACGAAGGAUAAUGUCAUAGUGGAUGGUACGGCUAUGGACGGUCUGAGCUUGACCAAUAGGUUGAAAUAG